AUUUAGAAGUGAGCCAUAAUCAAAGCCGCCUUUCCGUGUAACACUCAGUAAGUUACCCCUGGCGCAUCCUCCUCUCCAAAGCGGGUGUAGUUUUAAUUAAACGAAAGGCUAUCGUACCCCUGUGAAGCGAAUCGUUAUAACUAAUUUCUUGCGUAACCUCGAAGCGCAUGCACGUAAUAAUUAAAAAACCGAUCUUAACCCUUUCCCGCGAAGCUCGCUCCGUUAUCGCCCGCGUUAUUAUUCCCGAAACGCUGCAUCACGGCGUGGGUGGGACCGGUCAAUCAUCCGGCUCGCGCUUCUCAUUGGUUCAUUCGGGCGGCUGUGUGGGCUGCGGGAAUAAAAGUAUGAAGACCGGGUCCGAGUAAGAGCAAACCGUAGAUGGAUAAAGAGCGACUCCGUUAAAAGACAACGAGAACAAAGAAGUUUCAGCCAGCUUCCCCAAGUGAUCACCUUGGCGCUUGGAGAACAAGAAGCUCUGUAGGUAACGGAGGAGGGUUUGUGUCGGCACGCGCGCCUUGUUGUUGGUUACGCUUAAGGUUUUGUGUAUGAAACCGAUGAUGGAGUGGCAGGUUUUGGUGUUGAUGCUGUGCUUGCCGACCCUGAGUCAGGCGGACUGUUCAGCGCAGUGUCUGAGAUGCGCGCAACAGAUCUCCGACCCGGAGCCCGCGGUGAACCGCUUGACAUGUACUUUAGAGUGCGAAGGAGCCGUUCCGUCCACCGGCGCAUUAGACCGGUGCGAGAAAGCUUUGCGGGAGCUGUCGGAUGAAUUCGCCGACGGAGAACGCAGCGCGCCAAACGCGGAGGAUCUCCGAGAGAAGGCGUCCUCCAACCCGGUCAAGAGAUACGGGGGCUUCAUCAAGAGGAUCGACAAGAACAAAAAUAAGUUUUUCGCCUCGCCCUGGAAGGAGAACGCCGUUCUUAAAGGACUGUUCGCGAAGAAAUACGGAGAGCCGCUCUCCAAACUGGGCGAGAGGGACGUCCCGUCGAUCACGGAAGACGACGAGGGCGAAGACGCGACCGCGGAGAACGAAACGGGAGUCUACGACGACGGCGUCCCUUUAAACGAAGUCAAACGCUACGGCGGGUUUCUGCGCAAAUUCGGGCCCAAACGAAGCGACUUUGUGGACAGCGCCGGCCCGCAGGCGUUGCAGAAGAGAUACGGCGGGUUCAUGCGAAGAAUUCGCCCGAAGUUGAGGUGGGACAACCAAAAGCGAUAUGGCGGGUUUUUACGGCGCCAUUUUAAAAUCUCCGUGCGCUCCGACGAAGAGCCCUCGUCGUACGAGGACUACGCUUUAUAGGCUAUUGCAUCACAGAUAACCCAACCAGAACUCAUUAAGCCAACGCAUUUCAGUUUCCCCCCCCCUCCACAAAUGGGCGCCUAGACCACAAAACCAAUCAGGAGCAGGACAGGCGUAGUUUUAGCCAUAGCCGAAAGCGCCCCCGCCCGCAUGGGGUCAAAAUUCGAGAUUUUUCUUUUACGCCAAAAAUGAAGUAAACAUCACGUUCCCGGAAAGCAACUUCUCAGCAUGUCCCCUUUUGAGUUUUUGCACCGCCGGCGUUCAGGUUUUCAAACAGGCUAGUUGCAUCCCGGCCAAACGCCGCGCUAUCCUGCCAAAUCGUACAAAGCCGUUUAGCUGUUCAGCUUUCAGAUUGACGCCUGCGAAUCUCAACAUCGAAAAACCGACCCUUCAUGACUGGUUUUGUGGUCCACAAACGUCAUGACCUUUCACGAACGGCUGCUGACCCCCGGAGGCCGCCGUUCGCCACCGUCCACCCGUCAAUCACGCGCUCGGGACGUUUCAGUGACCGACCACUUGUUGUUUCCCGUUGACUUUACCCCAUGUAAGCAAUCAGUACAUACCGCAGAUGAUGCUUGUUUAAGAUGACCAAUAAAGGGCAAGAACUUUACCUGC